AUGGUUGCCUCUCGGAAACUUGAUCGGAUUCUUGAAGAUGGUCCCGGUGUCGGCGAUCCGGGCCAUCGGUUCCAAUCUGAGCCCACUAGGUAAACUGAAACCUCUGCUCUUUUCUCAACAGUCCAUUCGGAAAUCUCUUCGGUAUAAAUAAACUGUGUUUAGAGCCAACGCACUCGCCGCGGCUAAACGGCUUCUCGACGAUUCUCGUGGCCAAUCGUGGGAGCAGUUAGCUAGAAAGUACACGUUGGGUCUUGCAGCGGCUCCGUGUGUUGAGAGGUGAGUGGGGAGCGACGAGGUAAACAAGUGAAGAGGAGCGGCUGAGCAGCGACGGACGGCUCUGGAGCCAAAGAUAACCAAAGCGAUGAUAUCUUUUGAGGGGGACGGGAUCGCUUUCGAUAAGCAACAUUGAGCAGACAGACUUGGUGACUCAGGCUGUGUUGGGAUACCACCAGACUGCGAGAUCUUUUAGAGAAAAGCAUGACUGUGUUCAACUUUCAGAUUAACCGAAGAAGAACUCGACGAAAGUUUCGAAACAAUGCCAGAAUAUCACAACUAUCGUUUCAACCGUAGCAGAUCCGUCGAUCUCAGCUCGAUUUCUAGGUUCAUUUCCCGCGUCCGUUCAUUCGUUCACCUUUGAUUUCAGGGAAAAGUACCUGUCAAGAUGGUCCAGAGAGAACACCCCAGUGGACAACGAAAAGCGGUUCGCCUCGCACGUGCGUCGCAGCUACACGCCGGUCCGUGACAUCGCCUCCGUCGAGCACGUCAACGACGGCAAUCCGCAUCGUUCGCGCACUCCGCUGGCCGCCGUUACCGCUCCGUAUCACACGAACAUCCACUACCGAUCGGAAAUCGAACCGUUUCGAAAGUACGAUGUGUACGGGCUCAGAACUUGGAGCUAUCCCAUCUACAAGUGAGAUUUCCUCUUCCUCUUCCAUUUCUUUUUUUCUGACGGACGUCUAUUUGCCACUGCUCAUAAUGUGUAACACGCGAGAAAAAGUGACGCGUCUCAGUCUCUGAGAACAUGUUUCCGACGGAACAGAAAAAACAAGAAGAAGGCCGUCUUUCAGAUACGUUUACGGACGAGAGGGAGACUACCGAAGACCGUACUCGUUCGACCGCAACUACGGAACGACGCCAGCCUACACACCGCCGCAGUUGAGUGCAGAGAGCCGUCCGAUCACAACGAGACGAGGGUGAGCUUUUGGAGGUUCGGCAGUUAUCGGAGUUCUUUUUUGGUCCUUUCAGAUACUCUGGCUACUCGUAUCUUGCCAAUGAGACCCACUUCGACAUUGCCAGCCGUCCGAAGAGCUUGAGUUCGUACAUGUACAACACAAAGUACCUGGGGACAACGUGAGUGCUUCUGAGUCCAUUCCUCCUCACCUCUUCCGUCCAUUUCAGUUCUGCUCCUUGGUACUGGUCGUACUACGGUAACAGUCAUCUCCGUCACUUUAACAGUUACCGCCCACACAAUUACACGAGCUCCACUGCUAGCUGGUCCCGCUACUACUGA